AUGUCGUCAGACAAUGUAGGAAACGUCAAGUUUGAGCGAGUUCAUCACAUCGCAGGUAAAGGUUCACCUCGACCAAUCAUCGCCAGAUUCCACGACUACAAGCAAUGCCAGGAUAUACGAAAGCAUUCCGGAGAACUGAAAGGCACUGGAUUCGUCCCAGCCCUAGAUGUACCAUUUGAGGAAUUGAAGAAUGGAGAGUUUAACUUGAUAUAUUCUCACCCUGAAGCCUUAAUGAAAACCAAAUUUUCCAGACUUCUGCGAUCCAAAUUGUAUCAAUAUCUUGUCUGCGGAAUAGUUAUUGAUGAAGUCCAUAUUGUUUCAGAGUGGGGAGAUGAAUUCCGUCCUGCAUUUAAGAGAUUAGGUGAACUGGUCUGUGUGUUUGACAAGGCUUUCCAUUUAAUGCUAACUGCAACAGCAUGCAACUCCCAAAUCUAUUGAAACUAUCACAAAACAAAUUUGAAAACUCCAGCAGUGAUAUCUGAAAAUGUGGAUCGACCAAACAUUUCCCUGGAGAUCAGAAACAGAUUGCCAAAUAUUAAAAAGUUUGAAAAAUAUGAUGACUUGAUUGAGCUCGUUGCAUCAGAACUGAAGGAAAAGAAGCAUUCCUUCCCCGUCACCAUAAUGUAUGUCGAAAACUUGGAAGCCAUGGGAUACUUUUUUCAAUACACCUCUCACGAACUUCAGGAAGAUGCGUAUGAUGGGGAAAAAAUUCCACAAAACAGAAUAUUUGCCCAAUAUCACAAGGACUAUCCAGAGUCAAUGAAACAUGUUACCAUGCAGGAACUCACAAAACAGGAUCCAAAGAUACAAUUAGUCCUGGCGACUGUCGCCCUUGGAAUGGGAGUGAAUGCACCAAAUGUUGUGCGUGUUAUUCAUUGCAGACCACCAACUACCUUAGAAAAAUACCUACAGGAAAUUGGACGGGCAGGGCGUCUUGGACAACCAUCUGCAGCAAUUAUGUACUUUAACAACAAUGACAUAGCGAAAAACAGGAAAGGAAUGGCAGAAGAAAUGAUAAAGUACUGCACUCUCAAAAGUUGUUUAAGACUCAUGUUGGUAAAUCACUUGCGAUUUGAUAGUGUUGUUUUCUCAGGCCAAAAGGGAGAUUGCUGCUCAAACUGUAAGGAACUGUUCAGUACGUGUACAUGAUGAUUUAGUUGUACAGUAGCAGAAU